UCAGGAUCGAUGACUGACUCGCCAGGUUUCCUAUCACACAAGCCACCGGAGGAAAAUCCAAUUCCUGUUGGGAGGGGAGCUAUCCCUCAGCCAAAACAGUCCGGGUGACAGGAGGUUCCAUGGGUUCAAGGCCGUAUAUAACCUGAGUGCUGGAACCGACCCAAACAAUUUAGCUUGAUCAUAGUUUGCAGAUCGCCUUGCUCCUUGGGCCCUUUCGCUCCGAGCUACCCUUUACGAUGGGUUUCAAUCUAAUGAAAGCAAUAUUCCUAUUGAUAGCCGCCCCUGUCCUCAAAGCUUCGAUUAUACCCGCGAGGAGUUCUACUCCUGAUGCUGGGCUGUUACCUGUCCUAGAAUCUGUUAGCCAGCCCACUGAUAUCCAGCAACGCCACGAGUUACGGUACCGUAAAGCUGAUGAGUUCGGAAAUGCUCCCGAACAUAACGUCGGUGCGGCGUAUUUUGGAGGCCUAAAACAUGUGCGCGCUCCACCAGCGUUUCGUCCAAGGCCCCCGUCCCCGGGUGGAAGGGGAACGUCGGGGGGUGCGGGCGCUAAUUCACCUCCGCUCAGUCCGCCGAGGCCACCAAGCCCGGGGAUAGGAGCAGGAGCAGGAUCGCGAAUCGAAGGACCGGCUGAGCCUGUUAUACCGCAGUCUGGCAAAGGGGACUGGAGUUAUUUUUCUCAGUCCGGCAAAAAUUCGAAAGAGUGGCUAGAUAAAGUGAUUGCACGCAAGCAGCCCGAUGCGCCACCCCGGCCGUGGCAGGAAUUCUACGCGAAAGAUGCAUCUCCUGUGAAUAUCAAAUUUUCCAAGGAUAUACAGGCGGCAACCAAACUCCCGCAGAAUUUGCAGUUCACCCGACACACUUUCAAGUCGAAAUCUUCAGAACUAGGAGUGUACGAGAAUGGCGUCAACCACGAAAAAGGUGUCAUCAUGUCGAUCAGAACAAAUAAUAAGAAUGACCACCUUACUGCAAAGGAAAAUAGAAUGGAGUGGAGUGAAGCCGCAAUGAAGUCAUGGAAGCAAGACUCCCCAAAAGAUUCCAAGAGCCUAGAGUGGGUUAUAAAGGAUCUUGUGGACAAUGUGGACACGAAGGCGGUUAUGGCGCAGGCGCACGCAAAGGCAGGUUAUCCGGCGGGCAAGGCGGGAGCGCAAUUUCGAUAUGACGAAUCGAAUCCCAAGAUGAAGGAGGCAUUCAUAGCCUUAAGCGGAACUAAGGAGGUUAAAGGGGUUUAUGGCCUGCUGGGCAACAAUCGAGCCGCUCUUGGGGAUAAGAAAAUAUCCUCAAUUUACACCUUUCCGGAUUCACCACAUUUGGCCAUCAAGGUGGACAAAGCGAAGGCUCCCGAAAAGGCGGGAGAACCAGGGCCUGCAAUGAGAGUUCGUUUUAUGGCGAGGCACGGGCUGGCCUAGUGCACUGGAAAGUGGAGUCGGUAUUCCACUUGGGCUACAGAGUACUUCGGUGAGAUGCUCGGUAUAGUUAGUUAUACUCAGCUUUUGAAUUUUGUCUUUUUCUUCUAGAAUUUCUAUUCCGGGUGCACCUGUUCGUUUCGAGGUACAAUACAAUGCCAAUAGACUUAAUUAUAUUAACCUUCAACUGCAUUGGCAA